AUGCAGACGCACCUACUCACUCUGGACGACGCCCUACUGGUGCAGGUGCUGAGUUUUGCCGCGGAACGAGACGUGGAAUCCGUGACGAUGGCCUCCAAAUUGGUGGCGCUGCACCUGCUGCCACAGUAUCCCAAAAUCUGGCGCGUCCUAUUCGCUCGUCAUUGGGAGACAGUCAACUUCCAACUGGAUGCAUUGACAGAGGAUGCCAGAAAUCUCGUGGUGGACGCACGACUUCGUGCGCUUUUGCCGCGUGAGUGCACCGAAGCACGGGUCUUCCAAUUGCUAACACGCGCAAUAGCUCAUUUACCGUCAGGCAUGGACAUUGGAGAGACACAGCGAUCUCGGGGAUAUUCAGAUACCCAGCAUAGAAUUGUAGCACUGGAGAAAAAGAAGACGGAGAGCCAGAGCGAUGAUGCUGUGGUGACAGCAUUUACAUUUGAUAGUAAACAUUUUGGCAACGAUCGCUCCGUGCGCUCGAAAGUGCCGUUUCCAACGUCACUCUAUGUCGCGGUAUUCAAGCGCCGAGUGCAAGACCCUACGAGCGAGAAAGAAAUGUUCGUGUAUCAAAUCGGUGCGACUACAAGUGGCUACUUUGAAAUCAGCAUUUCUGAUCCCGUGUCACGACCAAGUCCUCACACGGUGAGGAAUGGGAGAGAGGAAAUGACCGCUAUUGGACUAGUCCCGUCCAGCUUUCCACUGGUGGGGAAACAACCAGGAUGGAUUACUCCGUCGUUUGGGUACCAUGGUGACAAUGGAAAGUUAUACUCAGCGUUUCCUGUAACUCGUUACCUCCCUGGAUCAGGUCGAUAUAUCCCGUGCGAUAAUGAGCACGAGUGGUUCCCUGCGGUGGGUCUGGGCUCUCCGAAUACGAUUCACGUAAACUUCGGUCAGCAACCGCUCAAGCACGAGCAGAUAGUCGGUAAGGCUUCCGUACAUGAGUGCAUUGGGAUGAACGCUCUUGUGGCUCGCGAAAUGCUCCAAAACGUCAACAAAGCUCGCUUUCGCUCCGUGCGGCGCAACUGCAUCGACGCCUUCAUUGCCAACGUCCUGGAGCGACGACGUUUGACCACAGCAUAA